AUGCGGCACCAGCACCACCGCGGAGGGCUGCGGCAGCUCAUUGCGGGCAAGUACAUCUACUUGCUCCUCGUUGCCUGCGCGAUCUGCGUCUUUGGCCUCCUCUUUGAGAUCUCGCAGCUCUCGUCUGCCUUCCAGGGAGAACCCAGCAAGCUCCAUGCGGCCGACCACGCGCUCCCGGCUGCGUCGCGCUCGUCGCUCAAGAAGGUCGCGCCGCAAAUCGACCACGCCAUUGCCGUGCAGUGCGUGGCCACGCUCACGUCUCUCUACGAGAUGGCGGACGCACCGCAUGGUCUACACCUCGUGCUCUUUGAAGAGAUUGACGCGACGAGCGGUGACCCGAACGACGCGAGCUGCCUCGAGACGUUCUGUGCUGCGUCGCGCGAUGUCUGCGUCGAGCACCGCGCGCGCAUGGAGCACAAGUUUCGCCACGCGAAAGACCACGUGGGCCCGUGCCCGGCGCGGGCUCUCGCCGAGGCCAUGGUUCCGUCGGCCUGGUUUACAGCGCCGAAGAACAAGUACUAUCUAUCGAUCGACUCGCGCCUCGAGUUUGUCGACAAGUGGGACACGCUGCUGCUCGCCGAGUGGCGCCGGGCGCAGAACCCCCAUGGUAUUCUCAGCAUCGCGCCGCCUGCGCUCGUCUCCAAGGCGUGGCCGAUCGAUAGCACCCAGAGCGCACUCAUGUGCACAGCGCGUGUUUGGACCAAAGACGCGACUCUGGCGGCUGUCGAUUUCAACCCGCCCGUGCUCGUCAAGCCGCCGUUCAAAGCGCCGCGCCUCAGCGCCCAGUACGCCGAGAGCUUCCAUUUCGGGCCGAUCCACGCACUCUCGGCGGCGCCGGCCGACGCCAAAGCGCUCUACGUCUGGCACGGCGACGCGUACCACCGGGCGACGCGGUGGUGGACGGCAGGCUAUGAUUUCUACGCCCCGUCUCUCGUGAUCGCGUAUGCCAAGUACGUGCCUCGGGUGUUGCACCCGCUGCAGUUGCCGCAAUGGGAUGCCCCGUCGCCGGACCCGCUCGCAGGUAUUAAAACCACGCAGCGCCAGAGCUACGCGCACCUGCAAGCGCUGCACAAUGGCGCUGCCAACGUCGGGUCUAAGCGCUCGUUCAAGCAGUGGGUCGCCUUUAGCCACGUAUACCCGACGGCCGCCUACGACAUGGCGACAGACAAGCAGUUUAUGGCGUGCAAUCCACUCUCGUAUGUGUCGCCCAAGACGACGCGCUAA